AUGCGACCUAUUUGGUUCGAGUUCCCUAAAGAAGAGAAACACUUUGAAGAAGAAAAGGCUUGGAUGGUCGGUCAUGCCUUGCUUGUUCGUGCUGUUGUGGAAAAGGAUACUUACAAUGUCAACGUCGAGCUACCGUCUGGCGAAGACAAGGACCCUCUAACGCUGUUCGUCGCUCUUGAUCGCGGUGGUAAUGCCAAAGGUAAUGUGUACCUGGAUGACGGCGCCACCCAUGAUUACAAGCAAGGAGCGUUUGUUGUAGCUGACUUUGCUUACAAUACGACAUCGAAUGACGAAGCUGAAUUCACGGGUCAGCCAGCAGCUGAUAGUGGUAAAUACGAGACUGAAACAUGGAUUGAACGUAUAGAAGUACGAGGAGUGGAGCGAACGCCUGCCAAAGUCUCGGAGUGGUAG